AACGCCCCUAGUUCGUAGCUCGAGACGACGACGAGUAUAAUCUCUAAUCCACUAAUCCAAAUCUACUCCAAGUUAAUCCACAAUGGCCUCUCCUGCCCUUCCCGGUCUCUUCUUUUGCUUCGCGGCAAUGGUCUUGCUUAUUUUUGCCUCGAUCUCCGUCCCGGUAUGGAGUAAAGUCACAUUCCUCAACGCCUCCUGGGCAGGGGCAGAAGUAGACUUCGGCUGUUGGGGGUACACCGGUAGCCCACGCCAACUCGGGUACUACUGGCCCAAUGCUCUACCAGGAAUAACCAACACUCGACUUUCCCAAACCGUAUUCCACAACCUCACCUACGUUCUCGUUCUCCACCCUAUCGGUGCCGGACUCGCCGCGCUCGCAGUCCUCUUCGGCCUCUGUGGCGCCGCCUACUCCCGCGCAGGAACAAUAUUUAUGUCCAUCGCUUCCUCCCUCGCGGGGCUCGUCACGCUCGUAGCGAUGAUCGUCGACCUCGUCCUGUUCGGUAUUGCCAUGGACGAGAUACGCAACCAUGGCGGUGCGGCCCAGUACGGGAUCGCGAACUGGUUCACGGUCGCGGCGUUUGCGUCCCUCCUCCUGGGCUUCUGCACUGGCUCCUGCGGCAUCUUUGGACGGUACCGUGAGCGCAGGUUUGCGGCGAAGGUUUAAGCGCACGAUGGAUGAUGGAUGAUGGACGAUGAAUGGACCACGACCUCCCUUUUGUUUUAUUUCAUCUGACGACCUCAGACUUUAUGAUUUGGUGCACGACGUGUAGGGGGACAUUCCGAGAAGCGUGGACGGAUAAUGUAGUGAAAGCAGAAUCCUCUGUUAUUGUUACCUGUGUUAAUCAUAAUAUCCC